AUGGAUGGUGAUCCGUUGAGUGUUGUUGACCCUGUAACGGAAGAAGAAAUAACACUCACAACAGCUAAAGUGGAAGUAAAGAAAGCUCCUGGCCCGAUGAGUACGAGUACCAGUGCAAAUAUCUCAAAUGAGGAAAUUAUGGAAACCUUGAAAGUGGUCUUAAAAACCCAAAACGAUUUGAUAGAAGGCAUAAAUAUAAUUAACCAUAAUCAAACCACCAUUGUUCAAAACCAAAUCCACAUCUCCGAGGUAUUGGAACAGGUUCAGCAAAACGCCGUUAAUAAAAGUGAAAUGGAAGCGCAAAAUAUGAUGGUAUGAGAAUGCAAGGUGGUAGCAAAGAAGAUUGAGAGGUCGG